AUCUUGUUAGCCCCGAUCAAUAAGGUUUAUAUCGACAUUUUAGACCUAAUUAAAACAAUUUUUAAAAAUAGCCACUGUUUGUGUACUCAAGUCCUCAACACAGUAUGAGUUAUAUAUGAAAUGAAUCUCUGGUCUUUCAUAUGGAUAUUUAAAAAUUAAAGCAAAUUCACUGGAGCUGGAGAUGUUGCUUAGUGGUAGAACACCUGCCUAGAACACACAUAGCCUUGUGUCUAAUCCUCUCAAAACACAACUAAAGUAAAAACUUAAGGGUUCUUUGGAAAGUCAGCUGGGUGGUGCUUUGCUGGAACAAACAUGUGAAGGAAUGUUUAGCUGAAGCAGACACAGGAGAGGGGAUGUUUUACAUAAACAAACACAUGAAAAGACACACGAUAAAAGAUUAUUUACUAACAAUACACAUACAUUGGUCUGCCUUAUAUUAUAUAGUUGAGCUACAUUUGUCGGAAUGCCAUAGAGAGAAAGGUACCAAAAAACUUUUAGUGGUGUACUAUAGUUUGUGAGCUGAUUGGGUGUGUGUGCUGAGGCAAGAGCUGUGCUCUAGGUGAGACACAUGGAGGACACGUGAUGUUUGGAGGGCAUAAACAGGACUCCAGAGACAGAGCCUGACUUGCUGAUGCAGCUAGCUAUACAGAACAACCUCUCCCCAAACCUCAAAUCCACAUCUUUUAUGGAGCCACAGUUCCAAACACAUCUCCUUAAAAAAAGAUGGAGGCAUUUGGCUGCCUUGCAUGCCUCCUCACCAGUGACAUAGCUGUGCUUAAACACACUGCAGUUCAUAGUCUAUUAUACCAUUUUCCUUUAUUUUAAUUUUUUUUUUUUUUUUUUUUGGUUUUUCAAGACAAGGUUUCUCUGUGUAAUCCAGGCUGGCCUCACACUCAGAGAAUGCCUCUGCCUCCCAAGUUCAGGGAUUAAAACCCAGUAUGCUAUUUUUAUUUAUUUAUUUUGGUCUUUUUGAGACAGGGUUUCUCUGUAUAGCCCUGGCUGUCCUGGAACUCACCUUGUAGACCAGGCUGGCCUCGAACUCAGAAAACUGCCUGCCUCUGCCUCCUGAGUGCAGGGAUUAAAGGUGUGUGCCACUAUGCCCGGGUUUUUAUUUUAAAUUACAAUUAGCUUAUACUAAUUUUUCCAAUUGGGAGCUAAUUUACAUAUUGCAAAACUGUCUUUUAGUGUAUACAAUUCACUGUGCUUUGGUAAAGGACAAAGCCGUGUAGUUAUCACCAGUGGCUGCUCAUAGGCAUUUUCAUCAUCUGAAAACAGACUUUGUACCCAUUAUGUCAUUUCCUAUUCUUCCCUCCUUCAGUCCUUGACAACUGGAUUUUUGUAUGGAUUUGCUUAAUUUAGCAGUAAAUAAGAUUGUCCAGUUGUCUUUCAUGUCUGGCUUCAUUCGUUUCACGCAUUUUUUUUCUUUUUUUCUUUUUAAUUAUGUAGGCCUGUCUGUGCACAUGAGUACAUUGCUGGUGGAAGCUUUCAAUUUCUGAGGUUGGAGUUACAGGAGGUUGUAAGUCGCCUAAAGCGAGUGCUGGAAACUGAACUUUGGUCCGCUACAGGAAUAGUAUACAUUCUUAACCAUUGAAUCUGUCCAGCCCUCAUUUAGCACAUUUUAAAGGUUCACCUAUAUUAUAGUAUCAUGCUACACGCUUAUUAUAGCUGAAUAUAAGUAAGGGUUUUUUUUUGGGUAAUUAUGUAGAUAAGUAUUUACUAAUGCGAUUCCACUUUAAGAAUGAAAAUAAGGCUUUGAAAAAUAGUGGUUAUAGAAAUGGAGACCAGACUACUGAUAAUGGCUAGAAAGACAACGUACGGGUAUACACAAAGGAAUUAAUGCAAGCAAAGAGAUCAUGUCCUCAUGAAGUAGCUACAUUUGGGGGGCGUGGGGAAAAGAUUAUAGAGCUUAGAACUGAGUAGUAGGCACUGCUCAUUUAAUUGCAAGCUGUAGAAUGAGAUACAGCCAUCGAAGAAUUAAGGUGGCAUUCUUACGGAGUUACAGUUAGGUAUCUCCAGCCAGCGAUCGUUCCUUUGAGUGCGCAUUUGCACAUCGGAGUGAAGAAGGAAACAACAAAAACACAGUGACUCUAAAGGAAACUGAGUGGAUUUGGCUGUGGUGGAAGUAGUGGAUGUGUGUGGCAGAGCAAACGAGAGAACUGUUUAUAUCGACUAGUGGAGGAACCCGGCAUCGCGUUCCGUGGCUGCCUUUGCCAGCUUUUAUGGCCCUUCUCGGCCCCCGUAGCGGACCGGAGCUCAGCCGCUGGGCGGCAGGCCCUCCUUAGCCAUGGCGGGCGAUCUGGAGGGUGGCAAGUCCCUGAGCGGGCUGCUGAGCGGCCUAGCGCAGAACGCCUUUCACGGACACUCGGGUGUCACGGAGGAGCUGCUGCACAGCCAACUCUAUCCGGAAGUGCCACCGGAGGAGUUCCGCCCCUUCCUGGCGAAGAUGAGAGGACUUCUCAAGUCUAUUGCAUCUGCAGACAUGGAUUUCAACCAGUUAGAGGCAUUCCUGACUGCUCAAACCAAAAAGCAAGGUGGCAUCACCAGUGAGCAAGCUGCAGUCAUCUCCAAGUUUUGGAAGAGCCACAAGAUAAAAAUCCGAGAGAGUCUCAUGAAGCAGAGCCGCUGGGACAACGGCCUUCGGGGCCUGAGCUGGAGAGUCGAUGGCAAGUCUCAGUCACGGCACUCAACUCAGAUACACAGCCCUGUUGCCAUAAUAGAGCUGGAAUUUGGAAAAAAUGGACAGUUGUCUCAAAAGGGCAGAGUCGGACAGUUUUGACUGCAGUCUCCCAGGCAAUGAUAGAGACACAAAGAGCAGGAGCCAAGGAAUCUGAAUUUUUGUGUCUGGAAUUUGAUGAAGUUAAAGUCAAGCAAAUCCUGAAGAAGCUGUCAGAGGUAGAAGAGAGUAUCAACAGGCUGAUGCAGGCAGCCUAACUGAAGAGAGUAUCAAUAGGCUGAUGCAGGCAGCCUAACUGAAGGCUGGAGGAAGGGGCGUUUGAAGUGAAGCUGCUCACAGACUUUCUCCACUGACCCUUUGAAAGUCCUGUUUGCCCACUGGUGUUACCAAAAGACAUUGUAUACAUGCAUGAAAGUCUUCAAGAAUAAAUAAAAAUAUAUUUUAAAAAGUGGGUAAAAAAGAGAAA